AUGGUGCGGUGGCACGUGCCGGGUCUGUCGACCAGCAGCGGCUCGAGCAUAGAUGGCGUCGCGGUGAAAGGCGACACGGCAAAGCUGCAAAAGCUUCUCAGAAAGGGCGCGGACGUGAAUGCACGUGCGCGUGAGCCGGUGCUGGUGGGACGUCGCCCACUGCAUGCUGCCGCGGCCGCAGGAAACGAGGCCAUGGUCGAGGCGCUCCUUGCUGCGGGUGCUGACGUGGACGGAAAAGACGAUGUGAGUAAUACCCUCUCUUGCAACGCCAUGCAACUGCAUUCUCACCCUCCCUGCCUUCCUAUCCCGUUCCGUCUGGUCGGGCACUUCCUUCCCCCGACUAAUGCGCAUCCCUCGGUCUCAACGUGCGUGAUUUCACUGCAGUUCGGCCGCACGCCCCUUCACUAUCUGGCGGCCAGUCCCUCCCCCCGUCUGGGCAUCCUUUCGCAUCUGCUCAAUGCCGGCACUGACUACGCCAUCAGAGACAGGGUGAGUCUCCUUCCACUUCGUUUCUCCACGUGCUUCCUCGUUCCUCCACCUUCAUCCACAGUCGUCCAUGCAUCGCAUCCGAAUCCUCGCGCUCAACCCUUCCUCUUUGCCAUCUCUUCCUGCCAGGGUGGCAGCAUGCCCAUCCACGUGGCGAUGGCAGGAGGUCUCGUGGCAGUGCAGGAGGCAUUGACAGCGUUCGCGUUGGAGCACAGUGCGGAGUUUGCCUUCUACGAGUCGGGGCAGUGGCGCCCCUUCGACGCCGACGCAUCGCGCCUGCUGGGCUUUGAACUCGCCGAGGGCGUCGGCUUCGCUGCCCUCGCCACUGCCACCGGCGCGCACUACAUCGUUGACUUCCAGCAGCAGCUGCAGUUCAACGUGUCGUCCUUCUUCUGCAAGUCAAUUAGCUGGCGAGUGCUGCCCAGCGGCCGCUGGAACCGCCCUUCCAGCCCGCACCAGGGGCUGCACCCGGGCAGCCAGGACCCGCGCCUCAUGUACCGCUACGACCAACAGCUGCGCUCUCUCGCCCAAUCGGGCGUCGACAUCUGCCCCGUCUACUUCUCCCUCACUGGCCUUCCCCCGCACCCCCUGCUCUCGCAACCGGCGCCCAGCGCUCAGUUUGUCUCGCGCCUCUCGUCGUCACCGCGCCAUGAUGGAGAGCAUGGUGAUGGUGGUGAUGGUGAUGAGGAUGAUGGUGGUGAUGGUGAUGCGCAACGGCCGGCUUCUUCCUCUGCUGGAGUGGCCGCGGCUGCUGCUGCCCUCCCUGCUGCUCUACACAUGUCUGAUGACCUCUCCAGUGAUGUCCCCGACUCCGAACCAAACACCCCUUUGGCUCGGCGUCAACCAGGGCAACGUGCAGCUGAUUCAGAUGACGACGAGCUGCCGAGGCUGCAGGUUCUGAGGUCCGGCACAGAUGAGUACGACGAAAUCGUGGCUCGGUUUGUGGCUGGAAUGCUACGGGAUAGAAAUGACCGCCCCAACAGCAGCUUCCGGCAGAACAGUGUGAGUGGAGGGGUGGUGGAGCAGGAGGAUGGCAUGAGGCCCGUGACAGUGUCAUCAGUGCAGCAGGUGCUUCUGCCUGCUUCCCGCACUCAAGCCUUUGAAGAAGCUGUGAGAGAGCUGAAGGGAGCAAGGGGGGGGCGAUGGCAAUGUGCGGCUGGCAUGGCACGGGGCCCCUCGUAUGGCAGUGGAUCGCAUAGUGUCGAGCGGUUUCUCCCUCUCCUCUUCCGCUGCUGCCCGCAAUGGCAGGCUCUAUGGGGAUGGAGUGUACCUGGCACCGGAGCAGAGGGCCUACACGACGCCCGGUCCGCCACCGCGGAGGUCACGAGCUCGUUAGUGACGCCGUCCGCAUCCGCGCAUGGCGGAACCUGCGCGCAGCCGGCGGAAGACCUGCGGAGCGGGAAGAGAAUGCGGACGGAAACCGGCGCAGUUGACGCGGCGUGGUGGGGAGGCGCGGUAGGGCCGGCGACGCCGGAGCACGCGGGGUCGGACUCGUCCGCGGCGGGCGGCGCGUGGGACGUGAGCAACGUGCAGAUAUCGCAGCUGCUGCAGGAGAUGGACAUGUUCUUUCCGCCCGACGACGACGAUCUCAGCGCCUUCGCGCUCGCCUUCGACGACGACCCGCUCGACGCCAGCGCCGCCGCCAACGCCAUCGCCGCCGCGAAUGGCGCUGCGCCUGCGUUUCCCGCGCAGGACUCCAUAGGGGAGAUUCUGAACGGUCUCUCGUCUGCCGGCCCACCGUGUGCCGAUUUGCCGGCGGCUGUUCCUGCCGUGCCGGCCGUUGGUGUUGUUCCGGCCGUUAGCUUGCCGGGCGGCCCGGUGCCCGACGUGCAUGCCAUGCGCCGCGCGGACUCCGCGGACAGCGCGGGGAUCACUCCGCAGAGCCUGUCAGGGCUGGAUAGUCCGCAUUGCAGCUUAACCGCGGGGGGAGCGGGCGGAAGCACUGGAGGCAUGCAGACGCUGACGUCAUUUGAGAGCGCGGAGCUGCGGGGGGACUUUUCGCGCGUUUGCUGGGUUGGGGAAGCAGAGAGGCCCGCGGAGGGGGAGGCGGCUGUGCAAGAAAUGGGAGCGGGACAAAUAGGGGAAACUGCUGUUGCGGGGAGCGCGGGAAACGGGGAAAGUAUGGGCGGAUGGCGCGAGCAAGUACCUGCCACGUCAGCGUUGUCAGGGGGAAACGGUGGCGGGGGGGAUAAUGGCGCAAGCGGAAACGGCAGCAAGGGGGGCGCGAUUCCCGGCGCGCGGUCGCUGAGUCUGGGGAGCCAGUUCCGCCAAAAGCAGAUCCUGCAGACGCUCUCCUCUCCGCCCGCCGCCCCACAGGCGAUGCAGUCGCAGGUGCAGCAGCAGCCUCAGCCGCAGCAGCCGCCGCAGCAGGCGGUGGUGCGUCCCGCAGGCGCAAUGCGUUCCCCCAUGCUGCCACCUCGGUAUUCCCAACAGCUGGCGCAACCGCCCAUGGCGCAGCAGGGGCAACCCCCCAUGGCACAGCAGGGGCAGCAGCAGGGCGCGCAGUCGUGGCAGGGCGGAGAGCGGCAGGGGGGAGGUGCGGGGGGAAGGGGAGGGGGAAGAGGGGGAGGGCUGCUGAGGGUGCCGUCGGACUAUCUGAGGCUGCUGGCGGAGAUGACGUCCCCCAUGGAGGUGGCGCUGAUGGAGUGUGCAGCGGCAGUUGACAGGCGCGACCUGGGGCAGGCGCACUCCCGCAUGUCCGCCCUCGCGCACCUCGUGUCACCGCACGGCACCGCACAGCAGCGCCUGGGGUACUACUUUCUGGAGGCUCUGGCUGCCAGGAUUGCGGGCACUGGGUCGGCUAUCUAUAAGGCGCUGCAAUCCCGCCAGGGCAGCCAGCCCGGUCCAUCCAGCAAGGCCAUGCUGUCUGCAGUAUUGGUGUUCUGUGAGGCCUGCCCGUGGAUCAACUUCGGCCACCUGGUGGCCAACGGCAGCAUACUGGAGGCGGUGGAGGGGGCGAGGAGGGUGCAUGUGAUCGACCUGGGCAUCACGCACGGCACGCAGUGGCCCACGCUGCUCGAGAGCCUUGCCACGCGCCCUGGCGGGCCCCCGCACCUGAGGAUCACGGGGGUGGAUGCGCCUCUCACCGGGCUCAAGCCUUCCUCGCUGGAGGAGACGGGGCGGCGGCUGUCAGCGUUUGCGAGGGUGAUAGGAGUGCCGUUUGAGUUCACGCCCAUCACAGAGCAGCUCGACGACCUCAAGCCGGAGCAUUUCUCAGUGAGGAGCGACGAGGUGCUGGUGGUGAACUGCCUGCUGCGGUUGCACCAGAUGCGCGACGAGAGCAGCGCACCGCACGUGCCCAGCCAGCGCAACUGCACGCUCCAGAUGAUCCGCUCCCUCAACCCCGCCAUCGUCACUCUCAUUGAACAGCACGCGGAUCACAACAUACCCUCCUUCCUAUCGCGCUUCCGAGAGGCAUUGCACUACUUCAGCGCUCUCUACGAGUCGCUGGACGCCAGCCUGCCAUGGAACAGCACGGAGAGAGCGCUGGUGGAGGAGAGGAUAUUCGGGCGCAAGCUCGUCAACAUCAUCGCCUGUGAGGGGCGCGAGCGCGUGGAGCGGCAUGAGAGCCACGCCCGCUGGCAUGAGCGCAUGCAGCGCUGCGGGUUCGUGCCACGCGCUGUCAGCGCUGACGUGGAGGAGAACGCGCAUCUGCUGCUGAAGCGGUACAGGGAGGGGUACGGCAUAGAGCGGCGCGGCGAUGCGCUCAUCAUCUCGUGGCGCCACGAGCCCUUCUUCGCCGCCUCCAACUGCCUGGUGCCCACCCCACAGCGGCUGGAUUCGUGCCUUCCAGUGGGUAGAGCAAGGGGAGUUGGGCUUCUGAGUUUCCUGCUGCGCACUGCGCAGUCCGCAACUGCAUAG